CAACUGUUCUAGUUCAAAAACGAAAAACCUAGGCAGCGUUCUGUGACAGUUCUGUUCCCGCCGAGAGGUUUUAGCGCGCUUCCUUCGUACGAGCUCCAAUGGCGUCCGUUCUCUCGAAGAAGGAGAAGCACACGCUUUCAGAGCUCAAAACCCUAGGCCUCCAACUCCUCUCCUCUCGAGCUCACAUCAACAACCUUCCUCUCCUCCUCACCUUCGUUUCUCCCACUUCUCCUCCUCACUACGUUCUCGAAGCCCUCCUCUCUCUCCAAUCCUUCUUCGUCACCGUCCUCCCCUCGCUCCCGUCGUCUUCCAAGCCUGCUGCCGCCGACGACCCUCUCGAUGAUGCCGAGUUGAUAUACCAGACCUGGCUCCGUUCCAAGUUUGAUGAAUUCGUCAAGUCGCUCAUCGAUGUGGCGGUUUCUUCCGACUGCGAUGACACUCUCAAGGAGAUUGUGUUGGAUGCGAUUAUGGAGUUUGUUAAAGUCGGCAACAAGGGGAAAUUUCACUCUGCUGUAUAUCACAAGUUUCUACAGACUAUUGCUCAUUCUACGACGCCAGUUAAUACUCUCAUAGCCUUGCUUGUAAAGAAGUACUUCUAUCACCUCGAUGUCCGUUACUUUACAUAUAUCAGCAUUGAAAAGCUUGCCAAGAAUUUUGAGGCUGAGUACAUGUCUGGUGAUGGAAAUGUGAGGGUUAAUGAUGAUGACGGUGGUCAUUCAAGUGAAGGAGUGGAAUUAAUUCACAUUGUGCACUCUAUCAUAUCCUCCAUUCCCCCUUUGGAAAACUCAAAUCAAAUAUCUGACUACACUAUGUGGGUUGAAUCAGGUGAUGACAAAGUGAUUUGUGACAAUCAAGAAGUAAAGCAGCUUAAGAUGGGGAAAAAUGACAAGGAGGUUUUAUCAGCAUCGAAGAUUGUUAAAAGAAUGAAAGUAAAAUUUACAAGAGCAUGGAUUUCAUUUCUCAGGUUACCUCUUCCUAUUGAUGUGUACAAGGAGGUUCUUGUUAUUCUAGAUCAGGAAGUCAUUCCUUAUCUUUCUAAUCCAAUCAUAUUAUGUGACUUCUUAACAAAAUCCUAUGAUAUUGGUGGUGUUGUCAGUGUUAUGGCUCUUAGCAGCCUCUACCUUCUUAUGACAAAAUAUGGUUUAGAGUAUCCAAACUUCUAUGAAAAACUUUAUGCUCUGUUGGUUCCUUCAAUAUUCAUGGCUAAACAUCGGGCCAAGUUUUUUCAGCUUCUUGAUUCUUGCUUGAAGUCACCACUUCUUCCAGCAUACUUGGCUGCUGCUUUUGCUAAGAAAUUGAGUAGGCUAUCACUUGUUGUUCCGCCAUCAGGAGCACUGGUCAUAAUAGCUCUUAUUCACAAUCUCUUACGAAGGCAUCCCUCGAUCAACUGUUUGGUUCACCGGGAAAAUAUUAACGAGAGUAAGAAAGAUGAAUCAACAGAUGAAGAGGUUGCUAGAGGCACGGAUGCUUCUGGUGUUGAUGCAGAUGCACCCAACAGGAAGCCAGGGAUCGAUCAUUUUAACUACGAGGAAACUGAUCCUAUUAAAUCUAGUGCCUUGAGAAGUUCACUUUGGGAAAUCGAUAGUCUUCGACAUCACUAUUGUCCUCCCGUAUCAAGGCUAGUUUUGUCGCUGGAGAAUGAUCUGACCGUGAGAUCGAAAACAACUGAAAUUGAUGUUAAAGAUUUUGUUGCUGGUUCAUACGCUACAAUACUCGGGCAAGAGUUGAAAAAGAAAAUGAAACGAGUCCCUCUGGCAUUCUACCAAGCAAUCCCCACCACCUUGUUCUCGGAGUCCGAUUUCACUGGCUGGAGUUUCGAUCACAAACACAGCGAGAAUAAUAUUGAUGAUAGUGAUCAUCUUUCGGCGAAAAGACAGCGCAUAGAAAGCUCGUAACCCAGGUUUCUCCAGCUCCUUCACAUCAGCCACCUUAAACCCGUCGCGUACACAUUGUGACUGUAUUUUCUAUAUUUUAUCAAGGGACUGCAUUCCAGGAAGCAUUGAAUUACGGUAAGAGCAUCAAAAUUUUUUAUGUCAUCUAUAUCACAAAUGCCAGGUCCCUGGAUUAUCGCCUCCAGAGAGGUAGGUGUCGUUUGCAUCUUUCCCAUGUACGUGGCCUAACUGAAUUACCAAAAAGUGAAAUUUAAGCUGUCUUUUUUCUCCUUUUAA